AUGUCUCAUCUCAAGUACUAUGCAUACAAAGACCUCGGGGUUAAGCAACAGAAAGACUUCCACUACAGCCAGGCGGUGCGCGUUGGCGACCGCAUCGAGUGCGCAGGUCAAGGGGGAUGGGACCCCAUAACUGGCGCAUUCGAAAAGGAAAUCAACGCCCAGAUCGACCUGGCCUUUGCCAAUGUAGAAAUGGCCCUCAAGGACGCCGGCGGCAAGGGCUGGUCACAAGUGUUUCGCGUCAACUCGUACCAUCUCCCCCUCAAUACGGAGGCCAUGGACGCCAUGGUGCGCAACUUUCGCAAGUAUAUGCCCGAUCACCAGCCGCUAUGGACCUGCGUAGGUGUUACACGCCUAGGUGAGGACGAUAUGCGGGUCGAGAUUGAGGUCUCUGCGCAUGACCCAGAGGGAGCCAAGACGGCGUGA